GCCUCCGACUGCCACGUGUCCGGUCUCGCAGCCUCAGCUCGUCGAGCUCGAGCUCUCUCUCCCUUGUUUCGCUGCUGCUGCUGCGGCUGCGGCUCCCUUGGGAUGAGAGCCCCCUCCUCUCCAUGGCCUCCUCGCUCCUGCCGCGCGCCACCUUCGCCACCACCAGGCACCUGGCCGCCCUCCACCCGCCAGGCAGCGCGGCCUGCAGGUCACACGCGCCGAGGCUGAUCAGGUGCGGCGCCGCCGUCCCGGACGACGAGCUCCUCCGCGCGCUCUACCUGGCGCAGGCGUCCGACGCCGCGGCGCCGGUGGCGGGCGGGGACACGGGGAAUGAUGGCUGGGGGUCUCUUCUUGACGAGAUCAGGGGCGCGCUGCAGGCGGCGGACUCGUCGUCCAGCCCGGCGGCGACGGGUGUUGUCGUCCCGGACGAGCUCCUGAGCGUGCCGUCGGCUGUCGCGGACACGGGCGUCGUCGUGCCGGACGCGAUCCUCGGCGCGGACCCGCCGUCGGCGAGCAUGGCGCCCGGCGGCGGGGCGGGCGCGGGCGCGGACCUCAACCCGGAGGAGCUGCUCGCGGCGCUGCACCUGGACGCGUCCAACCCGGUGGCACGCGCGGCGGGCGGCGCGCUGUCCCGCCUCGAGGAGCUGACUUCCGGCCUGUCGGAGACGCAGCGGUGGGCGGUGCUCGUGUUCUUGGCGGCGACGUGGCUGUACCUGACGGCGCGGCCGGGGGUGCUGAGCGGCGCCGUGGACGCGUACGUGCUGGCGCCGAUGCAGCUGGCGCUGGACAGCGCGCUGGGGCGGCGGAGCCUGAAGAUGAGCGACUUCGUGGUCGGGGAGCGCAUCGGGGAGGGGUCGUUCGGGGUGGUGUACUCCGGCGCGGUGGUGCCCAAGGGCGGGCCGGCGCCGGCGGCGAGGGUGGGGAAGGCGAAGACGAGGCUGGAGCUGGACGACAGGUUCAAGGAGAAGGUGAUACUGAAGAAGAUCAAGGUGGGGACGGCCGGAGCCAAGGAGUGCGGCGACUACGAGGAGUGGUUCAACUACCGGGUGGCGAGGGCGGCGCCGGAGUCGUGCGCCGAGUUCCUCGGCAGCUUCGUCGCCGACAAGACCAAGUCGGAGUUCAUCAAGGGCGGCAAGUGGCUCGUCUGGAAAUUCGAGGGUGACCGGACGCUGGGCAACUACAUGAGCGACCGCAACUUCCCCUUCAACCUGGAGGGGCUGAUGUUCGGGCGGGCGGUGCAGGGGCUGGACUCCGGCAGCCGGGCGGCGCUGGUGGUGAAGCAGGUGAUGCGGCAGCUCGUCACCUCCCUCAAGCGCAUCCACGGCACCGGCAUCGUCCACCGCGACAUCAAGCCCUCCAACCUCGUCGUCACCCGCCGCGGCCAGGUCAAGCUCAUCGACUUCGGCGCCGCCACCGACCUCCGCAUCGGCAAGAACUACGUCCCCGACCGCGCCCUCCUCGACCCCGACUACUGCCCCCCCGAGCUCUACGUCCUCCCCGAGGAGACCCCCCAGCCCCCCGCCGAGCCCAUCGCCGCCAUCCUCUCCCCCAUCCUCUGGCAGCUCAACAGCCCGGACCUGUUCGACAUGUACUCCGCGGGGAUCGUCCUCAUGCAGAUGGCGUCGCCGAUGCUGAGGUCGCCGUCGGGGCUCAAGAACUUCAACUCCGAGCUCAAGGCCGCCGGCUACGACCUCAACCGGUGGCGGGAGACCACGCGCCGGAGACCCGACCUGCAGAUCCUCGACCUCGACUCCGGCAGGGGCUGGGACCUGGCCACCAAGCUCAUCUCGCAGAGGGGCGCCAACAAGCGCGGCCGCCUCACCGCCGCCGCCGCGCUGCGCCACCCCUACUUCCUCCUCGGCGGCGACCAGGCCGCCGCCGUCUUGUCCAAGCUGUCACUGAGCAAGUAGGCUAUACGAACAAUUUCAUACAAAUGUUCAAAGAAAGAAGCACAUGCAGUGAUCAGGUUGAGAUCACCAAUGGCAUUGGCAUUUUUCAUUAGAGUAAUCAAGAACUCAAAGAUUGAUUCGAGACAGAGGUGAAGAAAAAGAAAAGAAAGCAAGAAUCAAUAUGGUAAUAAAUUACAUUGUUUUGUA